AAAUUACUUUUAGAAAGAAGGGGGAUGCGCUCAAACUAGCUUUUAAACUGUUAGAAAUGUGAUUACAGUUAAUACAGACAAAAACAUUUUUGGACCCAUCCUCAUUAUCCUAAAACAUUAAAAUCUUACAAGGGACGUCUUUGCCUGUUCCACGUAGGAGAUACUGUUCAUUUAGCUAAACCAACUGUCAUGGCCACGGUACUUAGCGUAGUAGGUUCUCACUAUAGGAUUUCUGUGCUCGGUAUGGCAAUUUAGCUGGUUAAACCUUUAGUUGGGAUGUAUCUGUGAUUUGUUGGAAGGAGUUAGAUGUAAGCCAGCAGGAUGGAUGUCCCAGAGGAAAUUAUAACACCCAAGGAGAUGCUUGAGAGGAUAGCUGAGCUAGAUUACAGCCAGAACCAGCUGAGGGACCUGAAUGCUGAGAUGAGACGCUGGCUGGACGUUGCAGAUGAUGAUAUGGCGGCACUGCGCUUGGAGAACGCUGACCUCAGAAAACAAACAAAAGCGCUGGAGAAGAUCAUCAGUGAAGCACGGCAGGUUGAAACAGACCCUUGGGGGGCCCUCCUGGCUGAUGACCUUGAUGUAAAGAAAUGCAGUGAAAAAAACAUUCAGAAACUGGAGGAGGAAGUCACCAUGAUGAAGGAACAAAAUAAGAAACUAACUGCAGAGCUCAAGAGCCUCCAACAAGAGAGAGAGCAGGGCAAGAUCAGUUUAAGCAAGUGCAGUACUGCACUUCAGACCCUUGAGUGUGGAAUGAAGGAGGCUCAGUCAGAGCUGCAGCGCAGGGAUGAGAUUAUUCAUCAGAAAGAUUUUCUGUUAAAGUUCUCAGAGGAGAUGAUUGACGAGUAUACCAACAUCAUAAAGGAGCUCAGGCUGAAAAAUCAGGAGCUGACGAAACAGUUGGAGGACAGACAGGAUGAGGCCACACUCUCUGCUGUGAACGGCCUGAUGGAACAAAAGGAAGGAUCCCUCACUUCCCCUGUGUCCUUUGCAGAGGAAGUUAGGCUGCUGCGCUCCUCCAUUGAAAUGGAACCCAGCAUGUCAGACUUCACGCAUCUAAGACAUGAGGAAACUGAGACCGAGGCGCUGCUGAAAGCUGAAACUCUCACCAUGCGUCUUCCGACCAAAAGGUGGGCAGGCAUCUUGAAGACAGCCAUCCAGAAAGCAGGACUGUUUAUACUAUGCCUCUUCAUUUUCUCUGUUAUGGCUUUUAUGGCUUUAGGAAACAUUGCAAGACACUGUGACUUUUUUUCCAUUAACACCUUCUGGACCAAUGUACAUCUGAUAUUACAGCCCUACCUCAACCUGCACUACAGUGCCUUACCUCCAAUUUGAUCUUAACACUCCUUCUUAUAAACAUAUCGUUAUCCGGUUGUGGGUUGUUUAUUGUGGAAUUUGUUUUCUAAACAGCAGAUCAUAAAGCUUUUUUUUUCUUUUUUACUGUAAAUAUUUUUAUUUUUAUAAGUACUCCAUAAAAGACAUGUUAAAGUACAUUUACUAAUUUAAACAGUGGACCUUUUCACAGAGGAUAUUUUGACUCGUCAGAGUAGAAGAAGCACAGGUGUAAAUAAGAAAAUCAAUGAUGACUGAAUUUCAUUUGGCUGCACCAGUUUCAGUGUCCUGGUUUGUGUGUGCUGACUCACUGUCCACUGUCACGGUUUACUAGGACAUGUGACUAGAAUACAACCAUUAUUAUUAGUUAUUAGUAACUGGGUUUUCUACUGUAACAAGUCAAAAUAUCGGCUGUGAAAAAGAAAGUAUUUCAUUCUGAACCAUCUGCACUGAUAAAACAUUUUCAUGUGGAUUUAUAUUACAACUAUUUGUGUCAGUAAAGGUCAAACUUGGCAAGAUUUGGGAAGUUUUAACUUUAAAACUUCACACUUUCAAUUGUGUUCUUUUUGUACACCAGGCUUCACUUUGGUCUUUGGUUUGGGAAACCUUGUGUGAAAUAGUAACGUUUUUUCAUUGUAGAAAACCUUGUUCAUCCCAAGACAGUUGUCAUCUGUAGCUUGCUUUUGUAUACAUUACUGUAUUUUGAAGUG